UCGUAUAAAAAUUGCCGUUGCAAACGCUUUGGAAUUGCUCAGCCGUCGGCGGAAAAACAUGAGCCUACCCAGCAGCGUGGACAUGCAAAACUUAAUGUCUCAACAUCCGGUUCUAGGUGCUUUGCCGCCCGCCUUUUUUCUACGCGCCGCCUCCGAGCGCUACCAGCGGACACCGAAGUGUGCGCGUUGCCGCAAUCACGGAGUGGUUAGCGCCCUGAAAGGACAUAAACGUUAUUGCCGUUGGCGAGAUUGUGUUUGUGCGAAAUGCACUUUGAUUGCCGAACGACAACGCGUCAUGGCCGCACAGGUCGCGCUGCGUCGCCAACAAGCGCAAGAGGAGAACGAGGCACGCGAAUUGGGUCUACUCUACACUAAUGUGCCACCUGGGCAACAGAAUGGUGUUGAAGGCGGAGGCGGCGGCGGUGGCGUUCCACCAAAUCAACACAGCCCUCCGCCGCCGUUGACAAAUGCCGCCGCAGCCUUUCAUCCCGGCAUUCCCUCACCGCCCAGCGACGGCUUGGACACCAGCAACGGUCAACGCAUGCAAUACAAUGGCAAUGAAUCAGAUACAGAUGUGCGAAUGCGCUCUUCGGAACGUCUUUCGAUGGGCUAUUCGCCUGAUCGCAGCACCGAAGUGGAGAGUCCAGGCUCUAAGCGUGCCCGUCUCUCUAACGAGACCGAUCAAGACACCGGUUCUGAGUCCUCGCCCAGCAGUCCCCGCAUGAAGGGUCGCAACUACAAUGACAGCGGCAAUCUAUCACCCACACGCACCGGACCACCCAGCUCACCCGAGUCCGAUCUCGAUGUUGACUCUGCGCCCGAUGAAGCAACACCCGAAAAUCUCAGUCUGAAAAAGGAAGAUUCAACAUCGCCGCCAAACACGCCCACUGACAACUUACAUUUGCUGCGCACUUUCAAUAAUGGCGCAGCACAAGGUUUCAUUCCAUAUCACCACCCGCAGUUCCUUGCUGCUGCCAUGCCUGCUGCCGCCGCCGCUGCUGCCGUCGGUGUACAUCCACACAAUCAACAUUCACCACAUGCACAACAUCAUCAGCACCAGCAUCAGCAUCAUCAACAUCAACAUCACACACAGCAGCAGCAACAACAGCAACAUGCGCUGCCACUAGCUAUGGUUCAGCAGCAAAUGCAGGCGACACAACAGCAACAACGUUCACCCGUCGAUGUACUGCUACGCGUAUUUCCCAAUCGUCGUCGCAGUGAUGUUGAGCAGCUGCUGGCGCGUUAUCGCGGCGAUGUACUCCAAGCCAUGGAGGCAAUGCUCUCCGGCGAGGAUAUGACGCAGGCGCUCGCCUCAGCGGCGGUGGCAGCAGCUGCUGCAUCGGCCGCAGCAUCGCCCCCCAAUGUGCCGCCAUCGCCGCCCUUCCCGCUAAAGUCGGCCUUCUCGCCGCUAGUGCCACCCGCCGCAGUUUUUGGUUCGCCUACACAUCGUUACCCGCCCUUCAUGCAGGCGCAUGCGAAGCGUUUCCUUGCCGGGCCCUACGCUGGUGCUGCUUAUCUGCCCGGCGUGCUGCCACCCGAUGUUAUCGAUCAGGCAGAGUCAAAUGGUGGUACGUCGAUGGAUCGCAAUAGCAACGCCGGCGAUUCGCAAGAUUGA